UGUCACCACUGACUUCCACCUGCACACCGCUGGUUCCCACAGUUAGCUGGCGACAAGAGGCUACUACCGAGCACUACACAUCAUCCACGGCCAUGGCAGAUCCAAGAAUACGGCAAAUUAAGAUUAAGACCGGCAUCGUUAAGAGGCUGGCGAAAGAAGAGAUCGCAUACAUAACCGAAGCGAAGCAGCAGGAGGAGAAGAUUGAGCGCCUGAAAGCAGAGGCAGGAGAUGAUUAUGUCAUCAAGAAACAGAUGGAGGUGUUGCAGGAGUCCAGAAUGAUGAUUCCAGACUGCCAUCGCCGUCUGGCCGUAGCACACGCAGAUCUGCUCCAGUUACUAGAAACGGAGGAGGAUUUGGCUGAAUCAGAGGAGUACAAAGAGGGUAGAAACGUAUUGGACUCAGUGAAGCUUGAAGGAUGAUUUCUGAUGUGUUUCUGUUCUCACUGUGAGAUCCACUUGCUUAAAUGUCCAUUCCUUUCGUCAGACCUUGUUUGGAGCCGCGGAGGCCAACUGAAUCCAUUCAAAGUCUCUGCUCUUGAUGUAAUUAUUUCUACUGUUUACUGUUAACGUGCCACCACAUCUGACCACGCUUCUCCUGUGUGUAAAACCCACAAGAAAAAAAAACCCAACAACGAUAAAACACUCAGUUUAUUACGGCACGGGAGUGGAGAGUUUUUCUCUAAGUUCUGUUUAUCGUUGAAGCUAACCAUUAUUUUCAUUGUUAAUUAAUCUGCUGAUUAUUUUUCAAUUAACUAAUUAGUUAGUUUGGUUUAAUGUCAGAGGAAACCAGAAAACAGUCACAUUUAAGAAGCUUCUAGAACAUUGCUUCAGCUUAAUUAUCAAAAUAGUUGGUCAUUUAAUUUCCGUUGUGGCAGCACUAACACAGGCUGCAGGUCUAGAUUUGAUUAAACACACAUUUGUCAGCUUUUUUCUGUUGUAAUAAUCGUUCAUUUUGGCUGCUGUUGGGUUGGUUUGAAGUAUUUUACUCUUUUGUAACUGACACUUUUUUAAUCUUUCAGUGAAUUUUUGCUUUGCUUUUAUAUCUUUCUAAAUCGGAUAAGCCUGCAGGAGCUUAACUGAUUCUAACGCUUGAUCUUGAUAUUUCCCAAAAUACUAACUACAGCUGCAAACAACAGUUCUCACCAAUGUUGACUAAUAUGUUCAUCAGUUAUUUGAUUUUCAAAUAAAAUGACUGAAGAUGGAGAAAGAUGCAAAAUCACACGUCAUGCUGAUGAGUCUAAAUCUAAAUUCUCUUUAUUUGAUAUGUUUGGGUUGUGAAUGUUGGUUAAUAUGUUGAUCAUUUGGUUAGUUGAUGUCCUCAGUUGUCUUGUUACCCAAAGCUUUUCAGGUUUCUAUCAUCGAGGAGGAAAGAAAGCAGAAAAUUUAGAAUUUAAGAAGCUGGAAUCAGAAUUUUUUGACGACUUUUCCUUAAAAAUAUUGAAACUGAUUUUCCAUUGAAUUUCCUUUCAGAUCUGUCUGAUUUAGUUUAAGCCUGCAGCAGCUAAUCUGGCCCUUAACUCCUCAUCAUAUCCUAGAAUACCAACUAAAACUGCCAUUAUUACAUAUGUUCAAUGUUGAUUAAUGUGUUCAUUAUUCAGUUGAUAAACUAACAGGUGACAAAUGCAAAAUUACAAAAAAUACUCAAUUAAGUUGUAGGUAAACAGAUGAAAGCAGCACAUUACAGCAUCUGACAAAGUAAUUGGCUGACAAUUCUUAAGUUGACAUGUGGCUUCAAAACUUGAAUUUCUGAUCGGCUAAUCGAUUAAUCAGCUAAUCGCUGAUGGAUUUAAUUGCCCGGUGUGUUCCUCUGCUGCUAUUCCUGUCAACAGCACUGAAAUGGAUUGUGUCUUGAUACCUUACAAUAAAGACAAGAGCACUUUG